UAGUUAUAAAGUUUUACCUACUGUGACCUACACCAGGUUUUACCUGCCGUACACACACCUGCACGGUGAACCAGUGUAUAUAUACAUGUAAAAGUUUGUGGUCGGAAGUAACGAACACACAGUGUUUACAAUAUAUUGUACAGGUGUCUGGAAUGACACACGGGAUUGUGACGACCGUCGCCAUUUAGAAUAUCAUUUAGUAAACUGUGUCGAACCGUCUGGCUUGGUGAGGUACGUGAACCUGUGGUCAGUUAACACGUGAAGGAGAGGAGAUACACUGUUAGAGGACCUGUGGUCUGUUAUAACGUCACUGAAGGUAAUGAGUGUGUGAGACGAUAUUGGAGAAAUGAGUGUAUGUAGGCAGAUUUGCCGGAAGGCGUUGCGUGGCUGUUUGCGUGUCCCCGGAUGUAAGCCGAUAUGUUACAGGUGUCUACGUCCGGUUUGUUACGGUGUGUCCGACAGUGAAGACGAGGACAACGAUAGUGAUAAGGAGGACGGACACUUCUUCAGUAACGCACACCACGUACAAGGGUCAGAGUUUCAGGAGGAGGUCCCUCUGAGAGAACAAGCUGCCACGGAAACAUCAGCAGUCGUCGAGUACUACAAUGACAUCAGUUUUUUGACUCCGCCCCCCUGGCAUAUUGAAAAAUCCGUGGUUAAAGAUGAACAUCGAGGUUAUACAAAUGUUUUAAGCGCAGAUGACAUGCGGGCACUUCCGAGCAUAUCGAACGUCGAGUAUACCAUGUGUGUUUCUGACGACCGUCAUAUUUCGCCAGCACAUGACUAUGUAAAUAUGACAGGUGAGCGUGGCAGUGGUGUCGCGGGUUGUGAUCUGGACGUACCGACGGACUCCUCUCAUCACUACCACAAUAUUGACCGGGUCCAGAUGACGUCGGAGACGGGAGUGACCCGAAGUCACCUUGAUUCUUUGUUAAAUCACAACCAGGGAUCACAAGUGAAAGCCAGGGACAGAUGUCUCGACCUGGUAAAUUCGAACGAGCAAGAUUGUGAUGGAAACUAUAAGUCAGUAGACUCGGUAGCCGCCCCUACUGUUCACGUUUGCUAUAAAGAAAGCACGGAAAAGACUGACAGCGUUUGUCUUCCCCUAUCGGAAACGCCACGUGUGGUUUUAGACCUGGCAGAGUCGGGUCUAUGUGGUGAUCACGGUGUGAUUGGAGCUUGUAAUCUGUCGGACAGAGAAAAGAACCUGGCCGAUUCGGGUCUGUGUGGUGAUCAUGGUGGGAUUGGAGCUUGCCAUUUUUCGGAGCGAGAGUGGGUCUCCGGUAAAAUUGUUAACUCAUUAGGUACGGAUAUUAUUGAUGACGAGUCAGCUAAGAAUAGUGAGGCAUUGGUCAUCCUUGACGGUACGGACGACACGAAUUGUGAGUCAGCUAUCGCUGCAGCCGACAGAAGCAACGAGUUGUCUGAAAGUGGAGAGGUUAACGUCUGUUGUUACGUCACAGGGUGGUGAUCACAACAACUCAACACACGUCGUGGAUGACCGGGUUUUAACAGCCUGUACGGACGACUUGACAAAUGGCCUGGAUUUAAUGAACCAUUCUACCAAAGUUACUACCGGAGGUGUGGACAAAGAAGACAAUGCAUCCACACCAGGUGUACCGACUGGACGUUUAAACAAUGAUGACGUUUCCUUAGAAACUAGUUUGGAUAAAUCGCAGACUUUGAUAAUGCUAGAAUCCAACGUGUAGGUAUUUAUUUCUCAUGUUAACAUUAAUUAAUUAUUUAGUUGUCAUACAAAAUAGGUAGUGAUUUAUACUUGGUCACACAAAACAGGUUGUGAUUUCUAUUUUGUCACACAAACAGGUAGUGAUUUCUAUUUGGUCACCCAAAACAGUUUGUGAUUUCUAUUUUGUCAUGCAAAACAGGUAGUGAUUUCUAUUUUGUCACACAAAACAUGUAGUGAUUUCUAUUUUACCACACAAAACAGGUUGUUAUUUGUAUUUUGUCAUGCAAAACAGGUUGUGAUUUCUAUUUUGUCACACAAACAGGUAGUGAUUUCUUUUUUGUCACCCAAAGCAGGUAGUUAUUUGUAUUUUGCGAAUUCAAGGUUAACGCUUUCACUUGUUAAGAAGACAAAUAAAAAGAGAAAUAUAGUAUCUUUCACUGCAGUGGAAAA